ACACAGUGAAACACUAACACAAAGGAAAGUCAGAAGACAGCUAGUAUCCUUAGGUUAUGUGCUAUUAAAACGCUUCUUUUUGGGGAUAUUACGCAUACUGAAAGACGUCGCGAACUGUUUGCGCUUUAGCAUGAGUUUAGUGGCAUUCUUCAGUUAAUUGGACUUUGCAGCCUGCUUGCAAAGCGCAAGUUAGCUGUCACUUUGUCGAGGACUAAUCGCGCACAGAAGCCAACGAUGGAGAGGAGCAUCCUGGGAUGGUGCGUGCUGUUAACCCUCGUACUGCACGCCGCGCGCUGCAUGGCAGCCAAGGAACUUCAAUGUCAGGAGAUUUCCGUUCCUCUCUGCAAAGGUAUCGGCUACAAUCACACCUACAUGCCCAAUCAGUUCAACCACGACACGCAGGACGAAGCCGGCCUGGAAGUGCACCAGUUCUGGCCGCUGGUGGAGAUAAAGUGUUCCCCGGACCUGCGGUUCUUCCUCUGCAGCAUGUACACGCCGAUCUGCCUGGAAGACUACAAAAAGCCACUGCCGCCGUGCAGGAGUGUGUGUGAGCGUGCCAAAGCUGGCUGCGCUCCGCUCAUGAGACAGUACGGCUUCCCGUGGCCAGACCGGAUGAGGUGCGACCUGCUCCCCGAGCAGGGCAACCAGGACACGCUGUGCAUGGACUACAACCGGAGCCAGACCACCACCGUUUCCCCCGUGCUGGCCAAGCCGACCAACCGCCCACAAAAGCCGUUAAACAAGAAAAAAAACGGCUAUGGUCGAAGCUUCCCCGUUAAACACAAACCUGCUACGUCUCCGUGUGAAACAGGAUGCUUCUGUCGUGCGCCCAUGGUGCCCGUGACCAGCGACGUGCACCCGCUGCACAACCGCGUCAAAACAGGACAGAUCCUGAACUGUGCCAUGCCGUGCCACAACCCUUACUUCACCCAAGAGGAGCGGACUUUUACUUCUUUUUGGAUCGGCUUGUGGUCCGUCCUGUGUUUCAUUUCAACUUUCGCAACUGUGGCAACUUUUUUGAUUGACAUGGAGAGGUUUAAGUACCCAGAGCGCCCCAUCAUCUUCCUCUCCGCCUGUUACAUGUUUGUGUCAGUUGGAUAUAUUGUCAGACUGAUCGCUGGACACGAGGAAGUGGCCUGCAACAGGGAGAACGGCGCAGAACACAUUCAUUAUGAAACCACUGGUCCUGCCCUUUGCACCAUAGUUUUUCUGCUUAUCUAUUUCUUUGGCAUGGCCAGCUCGAUCUGGUGGGUGAUCCUGUCCCUCACUUGGUUUCUCGCCGCAGGCAUGAAGUGGGGCAACGAAGCAAUUGCCAGUUACUCCCAGUAUUUUCAUUUAGCUGCCUGGAUCAUCCCCAGCAUGAAGUCCAUAGCUGUUUUGGCUCUGAGCUCUGUGGACGGGGACUCUGUCGCCGGGAUUUGCUAUGUGGGCAACCAGAAUUUGGAUAACCUGCGGGGAUUUGUGUUGGCACCGCUGGUUAUCUACUUGUUCAUCGGUACCAUGUUUCUGCUGGCUGGGUUUGUGUCACUGUUCAGGAUCAGGAGCGUUAUCAAGCAAGGUGGCACCAAGACUGACAAACUAGAGAGACUGAUGAUCCGGAUAGGAGUUUUCACGGUUUUAUACACCGUCCCGGCCACCGUCAUAGUGGCGUGUUACUUUUAUGAGCAGCACAAUAGACAGACUUGGGAAAUUACGCAUAACUGUACGUGCAUGACGGACCCGAACAGACAGAGGCCGGACUACGCUGUGUUCAUGCUUAAGUACUUUAUGUGCCUCCUGGUGGGAAUCACCUCAGGAGCCUGGAUCUGGUCCGGGAAAACACUAGACUCGUGGAGGACUUUUUGCACGCGCUGCUGCUGGGGGAGUAAAGCCUCCGCGGGUUCCAUGUACAGCGAUGUGAGCACGGGACUGACUUGGAGAUCCGGUACGGCCAGUUCCGUCUCCUGCCCAAAACAGAUGCCACUGUCCCGGGUUUGAACAGGGUUGGGCGCUCCAAUGCAUUUUCUACAAUUUAACACUAAAGACUUACAAAAAAUGAUGAAGAAGAAGCGCAACAGGGGACUAACAGAUUAAAUUGACUGUUUUUGUUCUGUCACCAAAAUACCAGUUUAAAUUUAAACUUUGGCCCCCAAAUGUGAAUUAUUUGUUGAAUUUUUAAGUUCUGAGUUCGUCUCCUCUGCCUUAUCCAAAUGACGUCCAUGGGUUUGAAUAGAGGUAUGGGGAAAGGGAGGGUGGGGGAUGUGACUAAUUGUGUUGGGAUUGUCCAUCAGCGUGUUGUAAUUAGCACAUUAAUGAGUGCCUAAUGGCUUCUCUUUAAAUAAUGAGACUGUCAGCAGCAGAACAAUGUACCUGGCACGAAGAAUGCAGAGUCUUAUCUGGGCUUAAUUGAAUGCAUACAGCUGACAAGAUCCCCCUUGUCGAUAGGUUACAUGGUAUAGCUGUGGCUCUACUUCUUCUAACUGUGAAGAACCAAUGUGUCUUAAACUAAGAUUCACAAUGAAACUGCUCUGCUUGAAGUGAGGCCAUAGCUAGGCUGGUUUUUGUCCUCUGAGAAUGAUUUAUACAUUAAUCAAUGCCUUAAUAAUGUCUCGUACGGGUUGCAUAAGCGCGUAAAGUGUAUUUAUCUAAUUAUUGGUGUACAUAUGUUGUACAUUUGUAUAUUGAAUUUUAUGAGACUGUAAAUAUGUAUAAUUUUCACUUUGAUAGAAGAUUAUAUUUUGCAAAUAAAACAGCUUUUAUUGAAAUUUA